GACUUCCAUAGACUUGACAAAAUCUUGAAGUCAGCACAAGCCAUGCAUAUUUUCAGUAUAUUGCUGGAAGAUAGGAACCGUUGGAACCAUGGACUUGCAGAACGAUAGGGUUUCUAACCCUCCACUGUCCCAAACGGCGGACCCUUCCACCUCAACGUCUGAUACAUCUUACUCCCAGCAAUCAAUGCCGCAAAGUGUACCUUCGUUCAAUGAUUACAGUAUUUAUGGAGGUCUAGCAAAUAAUACAGUGUCGCCUUUUACUCCUACAAUCGCACAUCCUUCACAAUCCAAAUCGGGACUUUUCACUUGGCCCACAGACUCCUCAAGUAGUCUACCAGCGUCAGCGAACCAGAUUGGUGGGACUCCCAACCUGGGAUCAGCUACUCAUUCAAGGGCAGUUCUACGGAAUAGUGUGGUUGGGUACCCUGCAUUGGCCCCUGCUCCUGCUCCUCAGAAAUCCGCGUUGGUGGAAGCAUCUACGCCGUCCGUGAUGCAAGUAGCGACUGGUGCUGCUACAUCGGCCUUGACCAAUAUUAUCCCUCAGUCAAAUGGCACGAGUAGCAACCACACUGUUGCAAAUUUUCAGACACAACCUGCUCCUCUUCCCACCCCAGGUCUAUCUAUUGCUCCCUCCAUCACACCGAAGCGACAGACACCGAAAUCAUCUCCAGGUAAGACCAGCGUCAAGAACCGCAAGCGAAGAAACAAGCGAAAGCGUGCUCAGGACAGCGAUGAUGAGAUCAAAGCCCAUGACUCGAGUUCAGAUGAUGAAUCCGAAGAUAUGUUACCAUCCGCGAGACAAACCAAGUCUGGUCGUCAGGUGAAUCGGCCAACCUUCUUCGCUCCAUCGCCCGAGCCUAUUCCGAUUUCAAGGCAGAAGUCGUUACCUUCAGGUACGGCGACCACCGGAAUUCCCGCAAAAAGGCGCAGAAAAGUGUAUCGCAAGAACGGAAAGGAAAUCAACAUCACUUGUCGGCACUGCCAAAGAGGUCAUAGUCCUGUUACCAAUAUGAUUGUAUUUUGCGAUGAGUGCAACGAUGCAUAUCAUCAGUAUUGCCAUGAUCCUCCGAUCAAACAAGAACUUAUCGAUGAUAAGGACGCAGAGUGGUUUUGCAGAGAAUGCCGACCUGGAACAGGACCCAGAAUCUUAUUAAGACUGAAACUACCACCGCAGCAGUUGAAUAGUCCUAUAACCGAGUCAGCAGUAUCAUCGGUUCCCCUCGUUUGUGGAGAGCGAUUUACGGCAGAAGAACAACGCGGCUAUCUUUCGUCUCUUUCUCAUGCUACCCUUGUUGACAUGCUAGUCACGCUUUCCAAGACGAAUCCCACUCUACCAGUAUUUCCCGAGAACUUGAGGGAUCUACAGAGCUCGAAGUUUGCUGUUACAGCUGCGACUGCAACCAACGUUGCAGGUGAAUUGACCGAAGCAGUUACAGUGGAAAUGAAGGAUGUAGCAAGUUCCAGUGUGGGCGGAGAAGAUUCUGAUACAGACUCUGACUCCGGCUCUGAAUACGAAGUCGAGGAACAUCGUCUGUACCCACGACCUGGAAACGGGUUUCAUCUACCACCGGAGGAAGAUGACUUUGAUAUACUACUUGAUGAUCCGGCCUGCCCUACAUUUAGCUACGCCCUGCAUAGCUAUUCCCCGCUGAACACUCUCGCCGAUACCACACCAACCGUUCAAGUUGGUGGCUAG